GUCAAUUUGUCAUUCUUUGACUCAUUCUCAAUUCUCAUUCUUGGAAUUCAAUUCGUAUGGCGUUCUGUUGCAAGUGAAAUAAUUGAUGUACCUAAUUGAAGUGCUGUAAUUUUAACUUACUGACGCCAAGUGAAAGCUUUCUACUUGCAAAACUGGUUUGAAAACAAGUAAUUCAUCAUGUCGGAGACGCGAAAAAACCAUCUCACUAUAGAUGGGGGCCAAGUAAAAGAGGCGACGGAUGAACACGUCGCCUCUUAUAAGCCAAUUCCGGAGUCUGAUACAGAUUUCCGGACAUCCAAGACAAGUAUACAUAAGUCCAAGGAGAAGCUAUCGGCUGACGGUGCAGAGGAGAAGCUUCUUCAGAAGGAAGACGAGGCCAAGAUCAUUACCCGAGUAGACAUGGCUGACGUCAAGUAUGUGGUCGGCGACCACAGGAACGGCGAUGCCAAAAUCGAGCUCGACGCUAACAAAAAGCAAUUCUCCGGCCUGACGAAGGAAGAACUGAUGAAGUAUGCGGAGGAUCCGUUCUGGGUGCGUCUGCGCUGGUUCAUGUUCGUUUUGUUCUGGGCGCUGUGGCUGUGCAUGUUGGCCGGCGCCAUCGCGAUCAUUGUGCGAGCGCCCAAGUGUGCCCCACCGACUCCACGGACGUGGUAUGAAAAGGGCCCGUUAGUGGAUAUGUCGACGAUAGAAGAUUACAGCGAAAUCGAAGCUUCUUUACCGUUGCUCGAGAAGGCUAAAGUGUCUGGAAUCUUCGCUUUCACCUGUAAGGAUACGUAUGAAGUGUUAGAGGACUCUAGUUGUAUCGAUCGGUUCAAGGAAUUCGUUGUUAAGGCCAAGAACGUUGGAGUCAGGGUUAUCGUGGAUCUGACAGCAGGCUUCGUGUCAAAGACUCACAAGUGGUUCCAGAUGAGCGAGAACCGAUCUUCUGAAUACAGUGACUACUUUGUUUGGGCUAAAGGCAAUGAAUAUGACCCAGAGAAGCUGAGCACGCAACCGAAACCACCAAACAGAUGGGUAUCAACUCUCGAUGAACCCGCUUGGUCAUGGAGCGAAAAACGCCAGGAGUACUACCUGCACAUGUAUGCAGAAGAUCAACCAGAUCUCAACUUUGCUAAUGUCGAAGUAGUUCGUAAGUUCGACGCUGUUAUCAAGCUGUGGAUGGAGGCCGGUGCUAGCGGAAUCAGGCUGCACAAGGCGCGCGAGCUGCACGCCAACGAGUGGCUGGCGGAGGAGCGGCCGGCGGGCGCGGGCGCGCGCGGCGCCGACCACACGCAGCGCGACUUCUGGCGCAACCAGCACUCCGCCGACGCGCCCGCCGUGGACGCGCUGCUGGCGCACUGGGGCGCGCUCGUCGGGCCCGCCGGUGAGCAUGACACAGUGUUCACGAUAGCCGAGACCGGCCCGCACGUCGAGCUGUUCCUGUUGGAGCGCAACACGUCUGCCCUGCGGCCGCCCUCCGCCGCGCCCGUUAAAUUUAAAGACUCGUACUCCGCAUACAACCAGCUAAUCAAGUUUAUGGCGCGCCGGCCCGCGCUACAGUUAAGCACUCAGGAUGGUGCAGAUGAAGAGUUAGCAAUGUUCUCGAUGGUACUGCCGUCGACACCGGUACUUAGCCUCGAACAGAUUGGAUACAACAACACAUUAGCUAGCGAGGCUUUGCUUCACGCAGUGGCUUUGCGUGAGGACGCUAGCAUACAACACGGAGAAUUCGCACUUGCGAUCGCGCCCGUGCGUAACUCCAGCAAAACUGUGUUUGCGUGCGCACGGUGGAAGCGCGGUCACACAGGUUACGUGGGGCUGUACAACAGCCGUACAGAGGAUGUGCGUGCUGACUUGCGCGCUGUACGCUCGCUGCCCGCCGCGCUCGCCGCGUACUUGGGGCCGCGGGCCAACGGCACCAGACACAUCAAGGAGGGUCUGGUGAAUAGUGAUGACGUGUUCGUCCCGGCGCGUUCUACCGUUAUACUCUCCUACGUGCCUAACACUGCAGCCGAGGAUUAAAAUAUAAAAUAACGCCUAUUUCACGCAUUCAUUGAAUAUUAAUAAAUGCGACUAAGCUUUGCCUUCCCUGAAGUCGCUUGUGAAAGCGACCGCUUUUUCCCAUUUUGCAUUUAAUUUUUAUAAUUUGAACAAAACAAAUAAAGUUUGAUUGACGGUUUUA